CACAUACUCACACACACACUCACACAGAUUUGUGCAGCUAUUCCUGUUAGGACAUUGCAUUGACUUCCAUUCAUUGUGGACAGCCCAACCCAAAUCUUAACCAUAACCAAUUCAUGCCUAACCCAAGUCUUAAUAUAACCUUAAUUCACACCUGACCCUUAACCUUAACCAGGACCUUAAAAUUGAUGUUUUUGCCUCAUUAGGAACGGGCUUUGGUCCUCUUGAGGACUUAUUGGUCCCAACAGGUUUGGUGUUUAUACCAGAUGUGUUUUCAGGCACUAAACAGGUUUUAGUCAUUAAUUUUGCUAUUACAAGAUACUUUCACAUUUUAUCAGCAACUGUUUAAUAAUGCAUUUAUGGAGAUUGGCGUUGUAUCCGAAUCAUUUUCAGUCUAUAAAAUUUUAAUUUUUAUUAGCAUUAAACACAAAGUGCAGCUGAGGCUGGUGGGAAUCUCUCUAGUUCUACACAUAUUGGGUCAUAAACCAAAAUACUGGACAGUCAAAAUUAACUUGAUGAUGGCGAGAGGUGAAAAGUACCAAAGUUAGUACAAUUCAUCCUCUGGGGAACAUGAAUGAACCAAAUUUCAUGACAAUCCAUUCAGAAGAUAACUGCAAGAUUAAUCUUCUUUUUUUUUUUUUAAUUACUUCACAAAUCCAUUUAAAAAUGAUAAGCUGACAUUAUUAAGUGUCACAUUUAAAUGUUUUUAGAACUUUUUUUUCUAAUCCCCCUUCCUUCAUGUAAUACAGUACAUACAGAGAUCAAAUGUCACUUUUUGAAAAGGCUUUAAGUAAAUGAAUUAAGCCUUGUGGCUACAGUCACACAAUAACAGAACAAUAACUAGUCACCAAAAAAAUGAAUGCCUUUGGCUAAUCAUUAGUGACUGUGUAACAAUGGAAUAAAUAAGGCUCUUUACGGCACACACCCACUCACAUGCACGUAAUUCCUCACACGCUCUCCCAUGAGCUGCCCCAGGCCUUUACUACAGCACUCAGACAGGAAAGAGACAUCCAGUAAUCUCUUAAAUACACCCACUUCUUUCCUCUCUCCUCCCCUCUCACUCUCUUCUUCAUUGAGUCCUGCUCUGCUCUGCACAGACCUGGAGGCAGACCCUCACAUGUAAAGUAAAGCUGUGUGGAUCUUGGACUCAUUGCUCAGCUAUGCAGUAGAGGGGAGGAUUAGCCCAAGCUGAGCACCAGUGCAAGGAUUGGGCAUCUGGCCAUUUAUCAAUUACUUAACUGAGAGAGACACUACCAUAUUCUCUCUGUUUGUCUCUUUUUUUUUUUUUUUUACCUAAAUCUCCUCUUCACUCCCUUUUUUAUUCUUCCUCUCCUUUUCCCUCUCUCCUUCUAACCCCUUUCUCUCAGCCAUGACCCUUUUAUCAGAGGACCAAUCUGUGAGGCCCCAGCCCUGCCGGCUCCCGGAGCCUGGCAAACACAUCAGCACCUCUUUGCACCAGUACUCCACAGACUACACUGACUCCAAAGAGGACUACAUGGACAGUGGGGACAGCGCUGUGUUCGGAGUCGUGGAGCCCCCCAGGCGCUCUCAGGGCCGCCUUAUCCUCCACGGUCUGGUCAUGUUUGGAAGGGAAUUUUGCUACGCCGUGGAGGCUGCAUUUGUCACACCGGUGCUUCUGAGCGUGGGCCUCCCUCGCAGCCUGUACAGUUUGGUGUGGUUGAUCAGCCCCAUCCUGGGCUUUCUGCUCCAGCCCAUCAUCGGCUCGGCCAGCGACCACUGCCGUUCGGCGUGGGGCCGGCGAAGGCCUUACAUCCUGGCCCUGGGCAUCCUCAUGCUGCUGGGAAUCACCCUGUUCCUCAACGGAGAUGCUGUCAUCUCAGCGCUAGUCACUGACACGUCAUUGCGGAGAAUAUGGGCCAUAGUGGUGGUGAUGUUGGGAGUUGUGCUGUUUGACUUCGCUGCAGACUUCAUCGACGGGCCCAUCAAGGCCUACCUGUUUGAUGUGUGCUCACAUCAAGACAAGGAGCGAGGUCUGCACUACCACGCUCUCCUCACAGGUCUGGGUGGAGCGUGUGGUUACCUGGUGGGAGCUAUGGACUGGGGUCAUUCUGUGAUGGGUCAGCUCCUGGGUUCUGAGUACCAAGUCAUCUAUUUCUUCUCAGCAUUGACCUGGGGCAUCUUCCUCACUGUGCACCUCUUCAGCAUUCCAGAGCAGCCUCUGGGCAAGCUCCCAUCUGCCUCUGAUUCUUCACUUCCCAGUGCCCUACGACUACUGGGGUCCCACAGCAAUGGGUACGGUGCACUGGCUAAAGAGCCCAUCUCUCCCGUAGUCCCAGCACCUGUCCCAGACCUCAGGCCUAGGUCUUUCUCUGCUCUAGGGGAGGCCAAUUCGGUGACCUCCAGUGCUAAGCAGCCAAACAAGGAGGCCCAGAAAAAGAUGACAUUCAGGUCCCUGAUGAAAACUAUCAUCAACAUGCCCAACCACUACCGCUACCUGUGUGUCAGUCACCUGCUUGGAUGGACGGCUUUCCUCUGCAAUAUGCUCUUCUUCACUGAUUUUAUGGGACAGAUUGUAUACAAGGGAAAUCCUUAUGCAGACCAUAACUCUACAGCCUACAUCACAUAUGAAAGAGGAGUAGAAGUGGGCUGCUGGGGACUGUGUAUUAAUGCUGUGUCUUCUGCUCUCUACUCCUAUGUGCAGCAUUUCCUCCUCCCGUACAUCGGCCUGAAAGGAUUAUACUUCAUGGGCUACUUUGUGUUUGGUAUGGGCACCAGCCUGAUUGGCCUCUUCCCCAACAUCAUCGCCACGCUCAUCCUCUGCAGUGUGUUCGGCGUCAUGUCCAGCACGCUCUACACCAUCCCAUUCAACCUGAUAGCGGAGUAUCAACGUGAAGAGGAGGAACAAGCGAAGCUGCGAGGAAGCAAUGAAAGCCCACGAGGCACCGGGGUGGACUGCGCGGCGCUCACCUGCAUGGUCCAGCUGGCUCAGAUUAUCGUGGGUGCGGGGCUCGGCGCUCUGGUCAACAUGGCAGGAAGUGUCAUCGUGGUGGUCCUCUCAGCCUCGACCGUGUCUCUGUUAGGCUGCAUCUUCAUCGCACUCUUUAUCAGAUAUGUGGAAUGA